AGAGGCAGAGACACAGGCAGAGGAAGAAGCAGGCUCCACGCAGUGAGUCCUAUAGGGGACUCCAGGAUCAGGCCUGGACCGAAGGCAGGCGCUAAACCACUGAGCCACCCAGGGAUCCCAUGACAUCAGAAUUUCUGAAUGCACACAUCAGAGGCCGAGGACACCUCCACGCUCAUCUCACUACCAGGUAGUGGGAUUAAAGCGAACUGAGGCAAAGGCUACGGUUGGCAGUACGGGGGACAACUGGUCUGUCGCGGUAGUGGCGAGGCCAUAGGGCCUGAGCCAAGCAGGUGGGAAUGGAGGUGUGGAAGAAAAGGAUGCGAAAGUGGGCGUGGCGGAUCCUACCACAGGAUUUGGGGUGCGGUGUGAGAAGCACCAGGGGGAGGCUCCCUUGAGGAUGACCAAUCAGAGAGCUAGUUGCGGCGCAGGGGCAAGACAGGGACGUAUCUUGGUCGAGAUUGGAUAACGGCCUGGCGUUGGGAGGGGCUGCGCGCCGCCUGGGCCCGGCGCUUUGCAAUUCAGCUCCAUAUACCACAGUGACGGCGGCGGUGGAGGUGGGCUGGGCGCGGCGCACGUGCCUGAAUCUGAAGCUCCUCGCUUGCCUGGCCACGGAGUUCCUUGGGUCCCGCGUGCAUUCUGUCCAGCCUCAAAGUCCCGUCCCCUAACCUCUCGCCCAGCUUCCCAAAGCUCCGGACGUCGACUUCUGCAGAGUGAAUUGUCACAGCCAUGAAUGUCUCGGAGGAGGGCAUAGAGAUCUUGCAGCCUUACUACUUCGAGCUGUUCCAGGACAUGAGGCCCUUUUUGGAAGAGUACUGGUGAGACCUGGGGAAGGCGAAGCUCUGUGCCAGGGUCCUGACCUUGAUGACUGCUAUUUGGAGGGCAACCUCAUUCCCCAUAGCUCUGGUCUACCUGCUGCUCAUCUUUGUGGGGCAGAACUACAUGAAGGCACGGAAAGGCUUCAACCUGCAGAGGCCUCUGAUCCUUUGGUCCUUCUGCCUUGCAGUCUUCAGUAUCCUGGGGGCAGUGAGGACAUGGGGCCAUAUGGGGGCCUUGCUACUUAGGAGGAGUCUAAAGCAAACUGUGUGCUUCUCUAUCUACAUCAACAAUCCCAUAGUCAAAUUCUGGUCCUGCCUCUUUCUUCUCAGCAAGAUCAUUGAACUUGGAGACACGGCCUUCAUCAUCCUGCGUAAGCGGCCACUCAUCUUUGUACACUGGUACCACCACAGCACAGUGCUAGUGUACACAAGCUUUGGAUACAAGAACAAAGUGCCUUCAGGCGGCUGGUUCAUGACCAUGAACUACGGUGUGCAUUCUAUCAUGUACAUCUACUACACUCUGAGGGCUGCCAAAGUGAAGUCCCCCACGUGGUUACCCAUGCUCAUCACCAGCUUGCAGCUCCUGCAGAUGUUUAUGGGAGCCACUAUCAGCAUCCUAACUUACAUCUGGAGACAGGAACAGGGAUGCCACACCACAGCGGAACACUUCUUCUGGUCCCUCAUCUUAUAUGCGACCUAUUUCAUCCUCUUUGCCCAUUUCUUCCACCAAACCUAUAUAGUGCCCAAGGUCAAAGCCAAGACCAAGAGUCAGUGAAAGGUUGGAGAAAAAGGAGCCCCAGGCUCUCCCCACCGAGGGGAUGAGCUUAGGUUUGGGAGAAUGAUUAGGAUGCCUUCCCUGCAUGGUUUUUCCCAUGGAAUGUGUGCCCCAAGGUGGCUGGAAGUUAUGUCAGGCAAGAGGUGGCAGCCCUGGGUAGGGUGUAAUCUAGUACUUUGAUGUUUCUAUUUUAAAUGUGAAGGCCGGGAUGCCUGGGUGGCUCAGUGAUCUUAUUUAUUUAAAUAAAAUCUUUAAAUAAAUAAAUAAAUAAAUAUGAAGGCCAAGAAGGCCCUGGGAUAGGGGUAGAACUGAAGAGGAUUCCCAGAGCUAAAUUAUUUAUAUUUCUAUCCAGAAAUCUUCUUGCUCUAUUUUUAAAAAAAUAUUUUAUUUAUUUAUUCAUGAGAGACACAGAGAGAGAGAGAGAGAGAGAGAGGCAGAGACAUAGG